AGUUUCACUCUGAGAGCUUAGGACACACUCAACUUCACUCUCACAGUGAUGCAACUCCUCCAAACCCCUCACCAAUUCCUCUUCACCUUCCCUCCACCUAAAACCCUAAACCCUUCUCCCCACUCCAAACCCCAACCUCCCAAAUGGACCAUUCCUUAUCUCUUCCCCCUCACCCAUUCCCCUCCCACCAACCCCUUCAAACCCAAAGCCUUGAGCUCCGACGAGUUCCCAGUCGACGAGACCUUCCUCCAGAACUUCGGCCCAAAGGACAAGGAAACCGAAGACGAGGCCCGCAAGCGAAACUGGGUCGAGCGCGGCUGGGCCCCCUGGGAGGAGGUCCUCACCCCCGAGGCCGACUUCGCGCGCAAAUCCCUCAACGAAGGCGAAGAGGUCGCCCUCCAGUCCCCCGAGGCCAUCGAGGCCUUCAAGAUGCUCCGGCCGAGUUACCGGAAGAAGAAGAUGGAGGAGAUGGGGCUGACGGAGGACGACUACUACCGGAAACAGUUCGAGAUUAAGGGGAAUAUUCCGGAGCCGUUGGAGACGGUCUGGGCCUGCCCGCUGGUGGUGAGACAGGUGCCGCCGAGGGAUUGGCCGCCGAGGGAUUGGGAGGUGGAUAAGGAGGAGCUGGAGUAUAUAAGAGGAGCUCAUAAGUUGCAAGCAGUGAGGGUAAAGUUGAGUGAUUUGGAGAGUGGGGUUAAAGUGGAAAAUGAUGAGCUGUGUUUGGAUAGGUAUAAGGUGUUUUUGAAGCAGUAUAAGGAGUGGGUCGCCGCGAAUAAGGAUCGAUUGGAGGAGGAGUCUUAUAAGUAUGACCAAGAUUACCAUCCGGGAAGGAGGAAGAGAGGCAAGGACUACAAAGAGGGCAUGUAUGAACUUCCGUUUUAUUACCCCGGACAAAUCUGUGAAGGAAAAGUGACAUCUAUACAUCUGUAUCAAGGAGCAUUUGUGGACAUCGGAGGUGUAUAUGAUGGGUGGGUUCCUAUAAAAAAUAACGACUGGUACUGGAUCCGCCAUCACAUAAAAGUUGGUAUGCGUGUCAUGGUUGAAAUUCUGGCAAAACGAGAUCCUUAUCGCUUUCGGUUUCCAAUUGAAUUGCGUUUUGUCUAUCCGAAUAUAGACCACCUUAUCUUUAACAGGUUUGACUUUCCACCAAUAUUUCAUCAUGAUGAAGAUACUAAUCCAGAUGAAUUACGGCGUGAUUGUGGAAGACCUCCUGUGCCCAGGAAGGAUCCAAAAGAUAAGCCCGUAGAGGAACCUUUAUUGUCAAAUCACCCUUAUGUUGAUAAGUUGUGGCAGAUACAUGUUGCUGAACAGAUGAUUUUGGAUGAUGUGGAGGCUAAUCCUGGGAAAUAUAAAGACAAAAAACUAUCAGAGUUAACUGAUACUGAAGAUUUGAAUGAAGAAAAUAGUAUUGAAUAUUCAAAAGCUUAUUAUAAGAAAGCCUUAGUACCAAAAGUGAUUCUGAAAACAAGCGUUAAAGAACUUGACCUGGAGGCUGCCUUUGCUGAGCGUCAGCUACGUAACACACUAAGAAGGGAGACAGAAGAGAGAGGAGAGGAAUACAAAGUUACCAAAAUGAGGCGCAAUGUUGAGAUGGACGAGUAUGACUUCUUACAUUGGCGUCGAUCAUUGGAGGAAAGAGAAGCUUUGAUCAGAGAUAUAAGCUGCCGUAAGGCUCUUGGUCUACCACUGGAAGAGCCGGGGAGGUAUGUGGAAGACAGCUAUUUUGGAAAGGAUCAAUAUGACCCGGACAACGCUCUAUACCGGUAUGACUACUGGGGAGAACCGAAAAACUCAGAGAAGAGCAAGCAAGAACGGCUGACAGAUGCUCACAACAAAGCUAUUGUUGGAAAGAGUACCGUGUGGUAUGAAAUGUCAUAUGACGAUUGCAUCAAACAGCGGAUGCAAAGAGAAGCCAAGGGGAUAAAACCAAGAGAAUAUGAGGAGGAAGAUACAAACACAGGUGACGAUGAUGAAGACGAUGACGACGACUUUGAUUUCAGCUUCUUGAAUGAAACUGUUGAUAUGACCUCCCAGCCCCAUGUUAAUGGGACAGAAUCUCCUACAAUUUCCGAUGAGGGCAUAUUUGAGGAUUAAGUAUCUAAUGGUACAUGGCUCAAGUGAAGCAUUGUAUCUUUUAUCUGUAUAGUAAAGUGACUUGAAAGAGAGGCAGAGUUGCGGAGGGCAAAUCCAAUAUUUGUUGCUAGGACUAGGAUACAGCAUAACUUCCUUUUGUUUUGAUCUUUUGAAGAAUCUGGAUUAGGUGUUUACUUCCUAUAUAAGAUGUCGAGGAAAUUAAAAUAAAGGGUCUGCUUCUGGUCUA